AUGACAUCUGUAGCAUCUGAGACGCCCAUGCUCCACAGGCUACCAGCAGAAUCAUCUGAUUUAAUAUCUGAUGCAUCUGUAUACUGGAUCAGAAUUAGCCUGGGAUUUGUUGUCCAUCCCACAGUCCUACUGUCACCCACAGAAUCAAUUGAUCUUAUCUCCGACGAAUCAGUUGAUUUUAUUCGUUUCACUUUGGGAUUCAUAUUAGAUUUUCCAAUUCUUAUAUUUGGAAUGUCAGCAAAUAUUAUAAACAUGGUUGUUUAUAUAAAAAUCGGCGUUGGUGACACUGUAUCGGUUUCAUUUUUUGCUUUGUCGAUAGUUCAUUUUGGGUGCAUAUUUUUCUACUUCGCUGGUCGGGUGUUCUUUGUUUUAGAAAAAAUAUUCAACGUUGAAUCGUACAUAGAUUUGGGGGCUGUAUUUCAUUUAGUUGCAUUCUACAAUUAUUUAUUCAAGGAUAUGGCUGACGGGGUUAUUGUUUUCAUAGCCGUUCAAAAAUGUUGUUGUGUGGCCAUUCCUCUCCAUUUCAAGAACACAUUUACGUAUGCCAGGAGUGUGUCAGCAUUAGUGAUCAUGUUCCUUGCAGCUUUGGCAUACUAUUUGCCAGCAUUUACUGGCCAACGGUUGGGGCCUGUCGUAGACUCUUUAACCAACACAACCCGACUGGUUUAUACUUACCACCCAAGGAUCCUAAUUCUCAUAAGAAUUUCUAAAGUUUUAAAUGGGUUAAUUUUGCCUGUUUUAUCACAUUCUUUUGUCGUUCUUUGCUCUGUUGUACUGUCAAUCAAGUUGAAACGAGCGGUUAGCUUUAGAAAUUCGAGACCUGCAAAUAAAAAAGUCAAGACGAAUACUAAAUUACUAUUUUCGAAAGAGACGUUUCCCAAACUUGAUCUAUUGCACCAAGAAAGUGGAAAACUGGGUUUUCCUAAGAGGCGUCUGCAGAAAUUAAAAGGAAAAGAGCUAAAAGUCGUGCAGGCAGUGUAUUUUACGGCCAUUUUGUUUAUUGCCUCCAACAUUAGGAAUGUUCCCAUAAAAUUUGUCGGAUUCUUUGUCCCAGACUUGCAGGACAUUUGUGGCUCCAGAUAUUACAACACAUAUGUUCUAGUGACCUCUGUCCAGUCUCUGCUGGACCAUCUCGGCACCGCACUGCACCUCUUCAUUUAUGUGAAAUUCAAUCGGAUGUACAGAAGGAAGUUGAAAGCCUUGUUCUGUAGCGAUAAACCCACCACUAGAGACCAAAGACAAGGCUGGAAAUUGAAAGCCUUGUUUUGUAGCGAUAAACCCACCACUAGAGACCAAAGACAAGGCUGGAAAGUUGAAAGCCUCGUUCUGUAG